GGGGAAGGGGAACAUGGUGACACCAUCCGGAGCGCAGGCGCAGUUGGGGCCGAGCCGUACCGCUUGCUCCGCGGCGGCCGGGUGGAGGGAGGCGAGGUGGCAGCGGCAGCACGUGCCGGGUGCGGGAUUGGCCGUUGGAGGCUGUGGCGCAGCAUUUAAAAUUUCGAUUUGAAAAAGAAGCAGUUGUAAGCACCUUUUGAGAAGAAACUAUUUCAGUCACUUCACCAAAAUGGUAGUUUUUACCUGCAGUGCAUGUGGAGAAUCUGUGAAGAAAGGGCAAGUUGAAAAACAUGUAAACAUUUGCAGAAACUGCCAGUGCCUUUCUUGCAUGGAUUGUGGAAAAGAUUUCUGGGGUGAUGAUUAUAAGAGCCAUGUGAAAUGUAUAAGUGAAGAUCAGAAAUAUGGUGGCAAGGGUUAUGAAGCCAAAACUAACAAAGGAGAUGUUAAACAACAGGAGUGGAUCCAGAAGAUUCAUGAAAUAAUAAAGAAGCCAAACAUUAGCCCCAAAGUGAGAAACAUCUUGGAGCAAAUGCACACCUAUGACAAUAUUCCAAGAAAAAAGGUCAAAUUUCAGAAUUGGAUGGUGAACAGCUUUAAUGUUGACAAUAGUGCUCUGCAGGACCAGGUGUGGGAUAUCUUUUCUGAAGCAACCAGCAACGGGCCAAGCAAAAAAGAACUAGAGAAACCAUUGCAGAAAGUAGGAAGCCAGCCUGUAAAAAGUGAAGUAAACCCAUUGUCUACAGAAAAAAACGAAAUGAUGGCUGAUAAACUUGAGAGGAGAAAGAGUAAAAGAGAGCGAAAAGAAGAAAGACAAAAGAACAAAAAGACAGAGAAAAAGGAAGUGAAAUUAGAAAGCAAACGAGAGAACUCAGAAAAUAAAAAAGGCAAAAAGCCUAAGAAAGAAAAGGAAGGUACUGAGGAUGAAAAUGAGGAAACUUCCAAAAGCAAUAAUGCAGAAAGGAAGAAGAAGAAAAAGCAUGAGAGGAAUAAUACAGCUCAGGUGGAAAUAAAUGGAAAUGGUAAUCAUAAUGAAGAAGAAAAACCAACACAUAUAAAGAAACAAAAACGUAAACAUACAGAAGAAGAACCUUACACCAGAACAAAAAGAAUGAAAUAUAUAAAAACAUCUGCAGCCACAGAAACUGAAAAAAGUGAGGAUGCACCCAUGGAAACUGAAGAAAUUGGGGAUGUAGAUAAAGGUAAAUUCAACUGGAAGGGAACUAUCAAAGCUGUUCUGAAGCAAGCCCCAAACAAUGAAAUUUCAAUAAAAAAACUAAGAAAAAAGGUUUUAGCCCAGUAUCAUGCAGUAGUUGGUGAACAUCAUCAUAAAUCACAAGAGGAUCUUCUAGUCAUAUUUAAUAAGAAAGUGAACAAUAAUCCCAAAUUCAAGGUUUUAAAGGACAAAGUUAAACUCCUGAAAUAGAAAAUGAGUGUUUUCAUAAUGAUCAAGUUUUACAAUUGCAGACUGUCCAAAUUCUCCUAUCACGUAUGCAAACACAGCUUUCACUGAUUCAGUAGACGUUGAGUAUGUAUCACAGCAUAAUUUAGCUGUAAUUCUAUUCCUGGAUUCCCUACUCCUUUUCU